AUGCGGUCCAAGCCGAACAUGACCCUCGAGUCGUGGCUCUUUGGCGACGACAAGUCAAGCGACGAGGGGUCUACUGUCCCGAGCAGCCGCUCGCCGUUCAGUACUGGACGUCCGAGUCCGGUGUCCCACGCAGGUCUUCGAGACUCCAUGACGGACACGAGCGCUCUUCCCAAGCCGAUGGUGCCCGUGAGUGUAAAGUUGCGGCGGCUUUUCCGCCCCUCGAAAAUGCAGUGGAAGCGGCCAGGAGCAGGAACGGGACUGACUCGACUGGACAAGCAGCAGCAAGAACAGCUCCGAGGUAUCUGCUCGAUCGAGGGUUUCCAGCAGUUCCAGGACCACGUGCCGUUCACACUGCAGGAGAUUGUUAAAGACCCGAGGAAAUUGCCGUAUUUGCUGCAAUGGCUCUUGGUAGACGCCGACGUUUCGGAUCAUGUUGAAAGACGCGGCAAUUACCAUCAGGUGUUGCUGUUUCUCAUGGAAAUUGAACAGCUACAGACGGUUAAUGAGAGUAAACGACGUGAGCAGGCGCACAAGAUCUGGCUCAAGUAUAUUGACAAGACGUCCGAGUUUCAGAUUGCGACGACGCUCGAGCUCACGUCUGAUCUGGAGCAGCUUGUCAAGGACAAGAUUGAUGAGACGGACAGGGUUCACGACAGUUUCUUUCCGAUUCAAAAGCUGGCAUACAUGCGGCUGACCCACGAAGAAAUGCCAAGGUUCCUCAAAAGCGACGAGUAUCUCAAGAUGCUCAUUGACACGGAAGAUGGAUCGAGAAGAAUCUCAAUUGAAAAAGUGCUGCAGCAGCCGCGAGCAGCGCACUAUUUUCUUCUCUUCCUGAUGCAGACUCGACAGCAUUUCGAACUCUACUUUUGGCUACAUGUCGAGUACGUGCUCAAUCCUUUGCUGGAAGAAGCAAAUGACGCGUUGUUCUGGCAAUUAGCGCACGUACUCGUGGACAAGGCGCAGAAGGAUUCGCAGGCCAUCACACUUGCGACCAAAAAUGAUUUGUAUCUGGCGGUAGCCAGUCGUCGCCUUGACGAGAAACUCCAGCAGCCACAACCUGUGGCCAAAGCGCUAUUCGUCAAGGCACAACAAGAGAUUUUUACGAUGUUGCAAUCCUCGUGUUUUGGCCGGUUUAUCAAGAGCAAUCUUUACAAGGUGGCGCUACAGGACGCGCUCAUCCACUUCGAUCUUGUCGAGAAGUAUAAAGAUGGUUCGCCUACGAAGCUGUUGUCCCGAGCCUUUUCUCCGGUAGAGCACUCGAAGGUACACAUAAAUGCUGGCGGGUCUGAUGGUUCGGUUUGUAACGAAAAACGUAGCGACAACACGAUGAAAAAAGAAGAUAAGGAAGAGCGUAUCGAUAGCACGCCGGAUGUAGCAGACGACUCGGGCCAUGUGGACGCAAAAGACAGAGAAGGAGAGAGUCAGAGGGAUUCUGGCGAAAGUGAUGGCCGUGCUUUUGAUGAAGUUGAGCUAAACCUCGAAAGCAUCAUACGACUGACCAAGUUGCCCGAAGGCCUUCAAGUACACUACCGACCAAAUUACGAGCCUUCCAGCGCGAACGCAUCGAACCCUACAGACGUCAACUGCGGUAUCGAUGCCAUUUUGACGUUCGCGACAUUUGUAGAGAAACAAGAGGAGGGGAGCGCAGCUGCCACUUUGAUGCUUAUGCCUGUGUUGAACCCGAGCAGAGAUCGAAUGCAUCAUGACGAGUCGAUCGAUGACGUUUCAAGACGCAUCAAUACAUUUCUUGUGCCGAGCGGUCAAAUCCUCAUCAACGGGUCGGGAGGUAAACAGUGCCCGGCUGAUACGUUGUUCGCGUUUCAACAAAGUGGUCGGAAUGGCUUCUUGUUCGGCUCCGUCUACUUGACGUACGAAUCGAUGCGUGUAGGGUCACCAAACGAGGAGGUCUACGCUGCCAAGGGCUUUUGCUUGCUCUCCCACUUACCGCUUGUGACCUCUAUGAGAAGAUUGGUGGAAGAACACGUGCGAGCGGCACCGGACCGAUCCAGCGUUUUGGCACAUGACCGCUUGGUGUUGUUGUUCGAAAGCAGCCUCAAGUGGAAACACACGACUACUACUAGCAUCAAGACUCACACGUAUGUGCAUCCAGACAUGCGACGUCUAGCUCGUCGGCAUGACAGCGGCAUUGUGGGCCAACCUUUGACGUCGCUGGAAACUCAGGUGGACGUUCCAAUGGCGAUUCUGUUCGAGCAAUUUGGUACUGCUCUCGCUCUCCAAAUUCUCGCCAGCGCUGUACUUGAGUGCAGUGUCGUGGUGGUGGCGAGUCAGUAUUCACUGCUGACAAUAUGUGCCGAAGCUGUCCGGACCUUGCUCCGACCGUUCUCGUGGUGUCACGUGUAUGUGCCCGUGCUGCCGAAGCCAUUGCUCUCGUAUCUGCAGUGUCCGACGCCAAUUCUUGUGGGAGUGCAUAGCUCGUUUGCUCGGCGAUCCGACCUGCCAACGCGUGGCCUGUAUCUCGUCGCUGACGUUGAUCGCAAGAGUGUGGAAUAUGUUGGUGAUGAGUCAGUGUCUUGGCGGGGUCUGGGUCUGCUGAACGAUGUCGAAGAGGACACCAUCUUCUUACCCAAGUGCUUUGAAGAUGCGAAGCACGAGCUUGACAGGCUACUGUUCCCGCGCACAUUGAUGUACGAUGCGGUCGGUGGAUGUGACGAAGCGCCGCCCGACACAACGAACAGUUUCUUGCCUCAUGAACUUUCCCCAAAAACGAAAGCCGAGCAAGAGGAGCAGUUGCGUGGUAUAUGUUUUGACCUGUUUUCAGAGCUGUUGAGUGGUCACACGAACGCCUGUCUUGUCGUGGGUGACACAAAGGAGUCGGUUGUCAUCUUUGACGAGACUGAGUUUCUUGCUACUCGUGCUGAGGUGGAGUUGCCAUUUUACCGGAUGCUGCUGCGCACUCAGUGCUUCUCGGAAAUCGUUAGCGCGCACCGGAUAAACAUGAGCUCAAGAGAGAGGGGCUCAGAAGUUUCGAACACAGAUGAAGAUGUGCAGGAAGGAAUAAUUUAA